CAGAGGCACGGAUCAUAUACUCCAUGAUCCGUAUACGCACAAGGCGAUUUAGACACUUUUUCUUCAUUGAAAGCAUGAGUAUUCUAUUUUUUUUUUUUCACGUAAGCAUAUAUAUAUAUAGCAAUUGACAAUCCAUCCGUCUUGCUUGGAAAAUGAGACCAUCUUCUUCAUAUCACUUUGCAUGAUGGCGUCCAAAGGACCACAUGAGCACCUUGAUCUCGAGUCAAAUAGCGAUGAGGAUGCCCAUUUAUCUAACAAUGCUAUCCACAGUCUCACUUGGAAAGAUAUUACAGCCACUGUGAAAGGUAGAAAGUCGGGAUCUGCUCGACACAUACUUCAAAAUGUCAGCGGAUACGUCAAGCAGGGGGAGCUUCUCGCAAUUAUGGGAGCAUCUGGAAGUGGGAAGACUACGCUUCUAAAUUUUUUAUCCCAUAGGAUAAACCCAUCAACUUAUGAGUGCUCUGGAAAUGUUCUCGUCAACGGCCAGCAAGUGCCCACGUCCCAGCUCUGGAGUUUAAGCUCAUACGUUGAGCAAGAAGAUGCACUUAUUGGCUCUUUGACCAUCGAAGAGACGUUGUAUUUUGCUGCGCGUUUGUCCCUGUCCAAGACCAUCACAAAGCAGCAACGGAAACGACGAAUCGAACUAUUGCUCAGUUCAUUCGGCAUUCGAGACCAAGCAAACACCUUGAUUGGCACUCCUAUUCGCAAGGGCAUCAGUGGAGGUCAGAAACGCCGUGUCAGCGUUGCCAGUCAGCUAAUCACAGCUCCGAAAAUUCUCUUCCUCGAUGAACCUACAAGCGGACUGGACUCGACAGCGAGCUUUGAGGUCAUGUCUUUUAUUCAAAGCGUCGCAAGGAAGAGUAAUAUUCUGGUCAUUGCCAGCAUUCAUCAACCGUCAUCAGCCACUUUCCGGCUCUUUGACAGGUUGCUUAUACUCUCAGCAGGACAGACCUGCUAUUUCGGGCCACCAAGUCAUCUAAAGUCUUUUCUUGAUAGCGUUGAUUGUCCUCUACCGGAAGAAACCAAUCCUGCUGAGUUUAUCUUGGAAAUGACCAAUGUAGAUUUUGCCAAAAAUAGGACCGGUGCGUUAAGACGUCUCAAGUUCAUUCAAGAAACGUGGUCCAAAAAUCACGCCGAAUCUUUGAACCAUGAGAUGGUCCUCGUUGAAGAAGCCUUUCAUGGCAAGCUACUGUCGGAUGAGGAAUUGCCAAAAGCAACCUUUUUCUCCGUUGUGAUCACUCUCUUGCACCGGUCUUUCAUCAAGAGCUAUCGCGACGUCGUUGCGUAUGGUAUUCGAAUCAUCAUGUAUCUUGGGCUUGCAAUUAUGAUGGGAACAGUGUGGCUUCGUCUACACACAUCUCAGGAAUAUAUCCAGCCCUUUAUUAAUGCAAUUUUCUUCGGCUCGGCAUUCAUGUCCUUUAUGGCGGUAGCAUAUGUCCCCGCAUAUCUCGAAGACCGGGCAACCUUUAUCAAAGAGCGUGCCAAUGGGCUGUACGGCGCCACGUCCUUUAUAGUAUCCAAUUUUCUCAUCGGCUUACCCUAUCUGUUUCUGAUAUCCAUUCUCUUCUCCAUUAUCGCAUACUGGCUGUCCAAUUUCCGUCCGAAUGCCGAUGCCUUCUUCGUCUGGGUCAUGUGGCUUUUCCUUGACCUCGUAGCCGCGGAGUCCCUCGUUGUGUUAAUAUCGUCCAUCUUUCCCAACUUUGUCGUCUCUCUUGCCCUUACAGCAUUUGCCAACGGGCUCUGGAUGAGCGUCGGAGGUUUCCUCGUCUCUCCUACCAUUUUAAACGUCUUUUGGCGUUAUGUCUUUCAUUACAUCGACUAUCAGGCCUACGUAUUCCAAGGCAUGAUGGUCAAUGAAUUCUCUCAUCGAACAUUUACUUGCGCUUCCAGUCCCGGCUCGCCUUCAGCCUGUCAGUGCAUGUACCAAACCGACUUGGCCGCGCAAUGUAAAAUCAGCGGCAAAGGCGUGCUUGACGCGUACGGUUACGCCGAGCAUCGUACGGGUAAAUGGGUCGGCAUUCUCGUCGGUAUUAUUGCAGUCUAUCGUCUUUUUGGCUGGAUCGCAUUGAUGCUCCGCAAAUCUUAAAAAAUCCGAGCUUAGGGAGUUUUGUUUUCUUGGAUGUUAUGGAUAUCCCGUAUCUAAAAGUUAGGAUGGAAUUGGUCUUUAUUCCCGGUCACUUAUGCGCUCUUAUUCAAGAAGAAAAAAUUACCAAAAAAGAGUAAAUUACUACCCAUAGUGGAGUAGAGGAUAG